AUGGACAUCGACGACAUCCUCGCCUCCGUCGACCGCGGCGCCGGUGCAAGCGCCGAGUCCACAGCCCUAGACCACCAACAACUAACCCGGUUCUGGGUCGCCGAGCGCGCCGUCUCCGAAGUCCUCCCAUGGCCCGCGCCACUAAUGGAGCGCGUAAUGGAUCGCGUCCGGCUACAGAUCGAAACAAUCGAAGACCUAGCCGCUUCAUCGGGCGAAGCGACGCCCACAGCAACGCACAAUCCAAAUCUAAACUUGCGCCUUUCAAUCCUCCAAACCGACCUCGCGCGCACACAAUACAUAAUCCGUUCUCUUCUCCGGCAACGGUUAUCAAAACUUACAAAACACAGUAUGCACUACCUAGUGCAACUUGCCUCGCGGUCCAAAAAUCCCCUUUCGCAAUCACAAUCACAAUCGCAAUCGCAAUCUCAAAACCCAAAUAUGACACCUGAAGACUCGAUUCCGGACAUUUCAACAAUUGAUAACAUCUCGCCUUUGUCGGAGCCAGAGGCUACAUUCGUGCACGCGCACCAGACGCUAUUGGCUGGACACUAUGGAGGCUCAUUCAUGGGUGCGUUUCCGAGGGCAUUGAGGAGGCUAGAUGAUAAUGCGGGUGGCACUAGUAUGGUGCAGGGGCCGGAAAUUAAGGAGGUUGUUUUUGCCAGGUGUCUUGGUGUUGAGGUUCCUGUUAUUGUCGGGGCCGAGGAUGGGGAGGAGGUCGGGGUUACGAUGCGGAUGGGCGAUGUUUGGGUUGUUAGAUGGGAGGGGAUUAGGGGGGCUUGGGAGAGGAGAGAGGUUGAGUUAUUAUGA